AUGUUACCGAGUGAUGCAUACCUCAAAAAAGAGAAAAAAAGAAGAACGAAAAGAGCGUGUGAUUUCUGCAAUUUGAAAAGGUCAAGGUGUGAUGGAGAGAAUCCAUGCUCUCACUGUGUUCUAAUAAACAAGCCGUGCACAUAUCUCCGCGCCGAAAAGAAAAGAGGUCGUGCCUCUGAAAAAUAUCCAAAGAAUCCGAAACGAAGAAAAGAUUGCCGCCAAAAGGAUGUUGAUGAAUAUGAUGAAUAUAAACCAGAUGAGAUAAUAACUGCUAGCCCGGUGCUUGAAUCCAAUGUGACUGAAAUAGAGAAAACAUUAGUGCCUACUAAUGUGCAUAAUAUGUCAACCAGCCAGCUGGAGAAUCUAGAUGGACUACACUAUCACCUGUUAACCAAAAAGAACUUAAUAUCAGCUGAUUAUAAGUGGCCAAAUGAGACUAUAUCUCUGCCUUCAAACAGCAGCCGUGAGAAGACAGUUUUAAUAGAACCACAUAGUCCAUUUUCGACACCCGAAGAACAUGGAAAAGGAUUGAUUUAUCAACAUCAAUACCGGCCGUAUAAUUCCCCCGAGUUAAUUUCAUCCGAGUAUGCCUUAAACUUUAACCAUUAUAUUUUUCUGAUCGACGCAAAUGCUUUCAAAUCCCCCACUUUUUUGAAAACUCAGCAUAAUUAUUCGUUGAUUGAUAAUAUCAAUCUAGACUCCAUAACGCAUUCUGCUUUCAAUGGGGUUAGAUACGUGCUUUUAUUGAAAGUUUUACCGUACUUACAACAGGUGAAUUUACCGGGAAAUGUGGCUAGUGACGUAUUAGAAUACUAUUUUGAUAACUAUGUUUCACCCUCGUGCAAAAUCAGUUCAAUAUUAAGGAAGAAAACGUUUUUGACGUUGGUGAAUCCAGUAUUGAGUGCCGAGGAACAACCUCACGUUAGAAACACUGGAGAGGCAUUGAUUUUGACAAUUCUUACUACUGCAGUGUUUGAUAUCAGUCAUUUCUUCAUGACUGGCCACAAAAGGAAAAUGUUGUUUGGCAAGUUGAUUCAAAUUAUUAAAGGCUUGAUACAAAUCAGCAGCACAGAUGAAGAUGAAAUCAUAGACGGGACAUUCGAUGAUAUUGUAACAUGCUGUCACUUGGUUUGUAUUUCACCUCUUUUAGGAAAUCCUGCAAUAAGCCAUUUAUGGUUAAGAAGAGGGGUCAGAUUAGCAAAGAAGCUACGUAUUAAUGAAGAAGACUUGUCUGACGUUUCGGAAGAAGUUAGAGAAGAAAGGAGAAGAUGCUGGUGGACAUUGUAUAUUCUUGAUAAGCAUCUAAAUAUUGCCCUUAGCACUUCCACAGUGAUAACAGAUCAAGAGUCAAAAGAUUUGUUCCAUCCUUGUGAUGACCUGAUAUACAACGACAUCACAAUAGUCAAUUUACCAUCACCUUUUGAAAAUGACAUUGACCGUGUAAAAGGCAUUCAGUUUAAUAGAGUGGGUCCUGGUGUGUUUGGUUGGCUAUUGAUGGAAAGCAUGAUUAUUGGCUCUUUAGUAUAUUAUAAAAUGUAUAUUAUGAACCAAAGAAAAAUCUCAUCAUCUUCUACUUCACCUAUAACUUCUGAUUCUAUGGGCUCUAAUGAUGACUGCUCAAUAGACUUCAGGAACCAGCUCAAAGUACAUCUUGAUAUGCUAGAGUCCAGCUUGCCAUCACUACUACAGUAUUCUAAGGUUGAUAGUAGCUAUGCCUCUUUGGUUACUUGCGUUUUAAACUCUUUACUAAACAAAGAUGUUUUCUAUUGGGAGCCAAAUGGAGCAUUGAAUGAUAACGGUACUAAUUUUGAGGAAGAUUUGGAAUGGUGCAUUAAAUACUCUGAAGCAUUCCAGGAUUUAAUUACUUCUGAUCCAGAUAUGCGGAGAUAUCCUUUUGUUAUUAGGCUUUACAUUUUCUUUGCGUGUGUUGAUGUUAUUAACCUUCUCAAUAACCUUGAUAAGGGAUUUUUGAAGUACAAAAAUUCCAAUAUUGGUGCUCUUGACAGCAAAGCUGUGAAAAUGAAGGCAGACGCAUUGGCCGUACUUUGCAAUAGGAUAAAGUCAAUGGCACAUAUAAUUGUUAGAUGCGUCGAAAGCUGCAUGUCAACGUUACCAGCAGAUUAUUUGAGGGUAAUAAGAAACAUUAUUAUGGAUGCAUUGAGAGAUAUGGAUUGUUUAUUAUUAGUCAAAGGCUUUGAGAAGCAGUUUGAUAUCAACAGGGAAAAACGGAAAAAGAUUAUUUCUGUAUAUUCUUAUGUUGUAAAUGGUGCAGGUAUCGGAUUGUGA